GUGCGUGCCGUCGUCUGGAACCCCGCGUCCAGAGGCUGAGCCCUUCCCAGGCCUUGGCAAGGCCCCGCCGCCUCUCCUGCGCGGUUCUCGGCCUUGGCGCACUCCUUCUUCCUCUGAGAGCUUUCCCGGAAGGGCCUCUAACUUUAAGAAGGCAAACAUGGCAUCAACUGCCCAGCGAAAAAGGAUGAGUCCUAAACCGGAGCUUACUGAAGAGCAGAAACAGGAAAUUCGAGAAGCCUUUGAUCUCUUUGAUGCUGAUGGAACUGGGACAAUUGAUGUUAAGGAACUUAAGGUGGCAAUGAGGGCACUGGGCUUUGAACCCAAGAAAGAAGAGAUCAAGAAAAUGAUAAGUGAAAUCGAUAAGGAAGGGACAGGAAAAAUGAACUUUAGCGACUUUUUGACUGUGAUGACUCAGAAAAUGUCUGAGAAAGAUACCAAAGAAGAAAUCCUGAAAGCUUUCAAGCUCUUCGAUGAUGAUGAAACCGGGAAGAUAUCGUUCAAAAAUCUAAAACGUGUGGCCAAGGAGUUGGGUGAAAACCUCACCGAUGAGGAACUGCAGGAAAUGAUUGAUGAGGCCGAUAGAGAUGGAGAUGGAGAAGUCAAUGAGCACGAGUUCCUGCGCAUCAUGAAGAAGACCAGCCUUUAUUAAGAUCAGUGUCAUCUGUUAUAACGCGAGCACGUAGAACUCGAUUUCGUGCCUGCUGUUGUCUGAAGCCUGGUUUUUGAGAACGUAAAUUAUUUUUCCCCCACUGACCUCUCUGUAUGACUUUAGUAAUAACUCUGAAUCUAUUUUCAACUUUUGAAAGUGUUCUUUGAAACUGAGGUUCUUUGCAAGGUGACCUACUGACUGCUUUAAUUCCCCAGGACAGCACGAGAGCACGUUAGAGUGGAGAAGAGGGUCUUUGAGCUUUUGCACACCUGCUGUUCUGCCUUGUGUCGCUUAACUCUUGUCCCGCAUUCCCACAUUUAUGCCACCGCAGAGCAACUUCUUCACAGGCACACGUUGUACUUGUGUCACCACAAGCAGGGGGCAUCUCUUCAAUGGUUCCAAUUUUAAUUGGCACCUGAGUGCAGCUUUCUCUCUCUCUCUUUUUUUGCGGUACGCGGGCCUCUCACUGUUGUGGCCUCUCCCGUUGCGGAGCACAGGCUCCGGACGCGCAGGCUCAGCGGCCAUGGCUCACGGGCCCAGCCGCUCCGUGGCAUGUGGGAUCUUCCCGGACCGGGGCACGAACCCGUGUCCCCUGCAUCGGCAGGCGGACUCUCAACCACUGCGCCACCAGGGAAGCCUGCAGCUUUCUCUUUUAUAAAACCCAGUGAACUCUCUUACUUGCAUUUGGAUGUGUGUGUGUGUGUGUGUGUGCGCACGCGCGCUAUUUGUUUUGUCUUCAAAUAAAACCUUUCUUAUUUUGA